CUGUCAUUAAUUACUUUGAGGUUUGUAGUGUAUUGCGUCCAAUCAGAAGCGUGAACGUAGUGAUGUUUAUUUUAUGCUUCGACUUCAAAUACUUUAAAUCUUAUCUUAGAAUGUGUUGGUUGAAAUUUUGAAAACAUGUUUCUGUUCGAGUAUGUACAUCAGUAUUGUUUCACUAAUCGUAUUUUCUAUUGCAUAAGUGCAUUUCGUGUUGAAAUUCAAGCUAAACGAUUAUUAACGUGACAGAUUUCUCUCGCUUGUUUAAGUGGGCCAUUUAAAAACAGUGUUAAAAGAAUUAACUUUGAUUCUCGGUAGUUGAAUAGCCGAUAUGUGUAAGAGCUCAUGUACUCUGUGAAUGUAGAAAUUAUCAAUUAUAGUUUGGCGUAUAAUGGAUGAAGUUGAAGAUGAAGCAGAUUUAAGAGAGCAAAUUUUUCAUAACAAUGUUCGAGAACAAAUUAUUUUCUUGCUGCUUUUCAUUUUACUUUAUCUGGCCAGUUUUGCCCUUUUGGGGAGAUUUAAAAGAAGGGGACGCGAAGAUUUUUACAGCACAGAUGAGGAUGAGGUGACAGUGUAUAGAAUAAGCACAUGGCUGUGCACAUUUUCUCUUGCCGUCUCCAUUGGGGCUGUUCUUCUGUUACCGAUUUCCAUAGUGUCCAACGAGGUACUCAUAAUCUAUCCGAAUUCGUAUUACGUGAAAUGGCUCAAUAGUUCACUAAUACAAGGACUAUGGAACUAUGUGUUUCUUUUUUCCAAUUUGUCCCUCUUCGUCCUGUUGCCUUUUGCCUAUUUGUUUACCGAAUCCGAAGGGUUCUUGGGACAUCGCAAAGGCCUUAUGGCCAGAGUUUACGAAACCUUCACCGUUCUGGGCCUACUGGCGAUGGCCGUUAUACCUUUAAGUGCAUAAUGAAAACAAGAAUCCAUAUUUGUAUUAUUUUAUCACAUUUUAAAUUGAUUUCCAGAUUUAUGGAGCUACCAUUUACCGUUUUUAUAUUCAUGUAUAUCGUUCCUGGGUGUGCUGAUGCUUUUGGUGUGCACACCUCUGGGUUUUGUUCGCCUAUUUGACGUAGUAGGCCGAUACCUCAUAAAGCCCCAAUUCUUGCGUGAUAUAAACGAAGAGUAUUUCACAUACACACUGGAGGAGGAGUGUCUCAGACGUCGACUGAAACAUGCUCAAUCGACUGGUAAAUCUUAUAUGAGUCCUGCUCCCAUGUCCUUGACUGACGAUGGAGCAAUCCAGGAAGAUGAUUUCAAAGGAUUGUUACGAUUGAGAAAUGGGAAAUUGCAGGCAGGACUGGGCCAAAGACUUUUGGAAGUUGAAAACAGGAGAAAGUUGCUGGAUAAACAACGCCAUACUUCUUCAUUUAGAAGGAACGUUAUUUAUCCUAUUGCAAUGAUUCUGUUGCUGGGACUCACUGGUAUCACUGUGUUAAUAGUGUUACAAAACACCAUUGAAAUUUUAAUUGGAAUUAAGGCACUUCCUUUAAGUUCAAGACAAUUUACCCUGGGCAUUAGUUCAUUGUCUAAAUUGGGACCCUUCGGUGCCUUUUUGGAAAUAGUACUGAUUCUGUAUUUGAUAAUAACAUCCUCAAUUGGACUGUACUCCUCACCUCCUAUGUCAGGAAUUAGGCCCAGAGCUAAAAGCACCCCAUUUAGCCUUAUCAUUGCCAAUUGCGCUCUAAUUUUGGUUUUAAGUUCUGCCCUUCCACUACUUUCCAAAAUAUUAGGCAUCACAAAUUUCGACUUACUGGGUGAUUUUGGGAGCAUAGAGUGGCUGGGCAAUUUCAAAAUAGUUCUGUUGUACAAUGUGGUGUUUGCAACGAGUGCAACCCUAUGUCUCGUCAACAAAUUUACAGUCAAAGUGCGAAGGGAGCUGUACGCACGGUUAGUCGAAAACUACAUGUUUCUUUGCAGCUAUGUUUCGUUUGUAAACUAACCAAUAUGCACUCAUACUGUUAAAGAAUGUAGCAAAAACUUUUUUCUUACAUAUUAAUUUUUUGAAAGGAAUUUCGAGGAAAUUUGACCGGUAAUUUGUUGUUUUUUCUUUUUACUAUGAUUAUGAGUAGAGUAUAUAAAUAAAUACCUAAAGGGCGUCUCAAUAGAAUGACAAUAAUCAAUAACAGAGAUAUUUUUCUUAAUAUCAUCACAAGCUAAGAAUUAAUGUAAAAAAUUAUUUAUUAUUAUCAGCCACAU